CCGAACACGAGAGUUCGACUCGGUAGGAAAAAUUACCACCAGCUCCCAGAAGUGCUGCGAAUCAAGUGUUUUAAAUGUUGAUGUGCAACAUCCAGAGUGAAAUCACAGGAAUACUGAUAAUCCUGUGUGAUUAAGUGACAGUGACAUUACCCCUAAAAACUCCAAUCAACAAAUUAAAAUUCAUCCCCAACCACCGGGAAUUAUAAAUAAUCAUUGAUCAAGUUGUUUAAUUAAGAAGGAUACACUAGGAUAAUUAAGGUUUACGUCACUGGAGAUUCUGAAUGGAUAUAAGUUGAACGGUUUCAGUGGAUCGGAGAAUUCUGUUCGGGGAUUGAUUGGUUUUUAAAUAAAUAAUGCCUCGACCGUCGCGAGAUACUUAUGGUGACCAGAAACCACCGUAUUCUUAUAUCUCCCUUACGGCCAUGGCUAUAUGGUCAUCUAGAGAUAAAAUGCUGCCACUUGCGGAAAUUUAUAAAUUCAUUGCGGAUAGAUUUCCGUAUUAUCGGAAAGAUACGAGGAGAUGGCAGAACUCGUUGCGCCAUAAUUUGUCAUUCAACGAUUGCUUUAUUAAGGUACCAAGGGGUCCUCACCGUCCUGGAAAAGGUGCAUACUGGGCCCUCCACCCAGCGGCCCUAUCAAUGUUCGAAAACGGUUCCCUGCUGAGACGUCGCAAACGCUUCAAGCUCCACAAGCCUGACAAAGAGCUGCUGAAGUCAGAAUUACAGGCGCUAGCAUCAUCAAUGCCACCACCGCACUCAGAGCCACCAGGUGUAUCAGCCCCAGUGUCAAGUACCACAGGAAGCCUGAACGCAGCAAAUCUCCACAGACUCCGUGAGGACCUCCUCCGAUGGGAGAUGCAGGAGAGGAGAAUGAUGGUAGCAUCAACGGGUGGAUCAGGUGGUUUUGGUCUUGAAGCAACAGCGGAAACAGCAUCAAGCUACUAUCUCCUGUCAGCAGAGGCAAGACAACGCCUGAGUAACGGCCCAAUCGCUGAUCCAACGGAAGUCGCAAGACCAUACGACACAUCCCUCCUGCAAAAUGGCACCUGGUCCUUCUCAACAUUCAAUGGUACCUACAUGAGUCACCUUCCCGCUUAUCUCCAGUCCUCCAGACAAUCGCUUCUCACAUCAGAAAUGCCGGACAAUCGAGCAAUUUGCACGCGUAUUCCACCGAUGGAGAGUGGCUCAGCCGUCGGUUCACCACGUGACAUCCCCUACGACAUCUACAGAGACAGGUUGUACGAUGACGAACAAUCCCCAACAUUACCCUCGAAAAUCUAUCGACCACCCGACAUUGUCUUCGGUUCGAGCUCAUCACCGAGAUUAUCACCGAGUUAUGCUGAUGGUACUGAUGUCGCUGGUAUUGAUCAGAAUACACCAAGAACCUCACCCUCACUCGAGGCAACUGUUUUACCUCUCUCCCAUCAAACAAACAGUCACAAAAAAGCCAAAAAACCGUUCACUAUUGAGAAUAUUAUUGCACCAGAUGAUGAUGACGAUGAGGAUAAGGAUAGAGUCAAGGAGCAUGAGGAUAUUAGGAAUAGUGAGACUGCACUGUUGAUACCAAGACCACUCUAUGCUGGAUACUCUAUCACUGCCUCCAGGCCCUAUGGAACUGCAACCUGAAAAUACAAGGUUUUUUUUCUUCUGUCUUGUGCAGGUCAUACGGCUUCACUUCAGGCCGGUACUAUUCCUCUUAUUCUCAUUAUCGCAAUUUUUCCGCCAAGUUUUAACUUUAGUUUUUGCGCCACCUGAGAGGGACAUGUUCAAUCAAUGCAUAAUAACCUGACAAUUUGAUUAUUUAUUGUCAAUUGAAGAUGUCAAUUGAAUUAUUAAAAAUUCGUGCAGUUGCAUUGAUAAUUAAUGAUUGUUGUCCUUGGCUGAUGAUGUCCGACUGAUAAUGAUUGAGUGAAAAUUGUUGUAAUUUUAAAAGGGAGACGAUAAAUUGAUUGAAUUCGGGGAAUUAUCCGUGUCCUCGAAUUAAUUCAUUCGCUCAAAUGAUUUUAUUAGGAAUUCAGAUACACUGAGAGAAAUAUUCAAUAAAAAUUACGUGUAUUUUCCGUAAUUCUGGAGCGAAAUGUGGUUGUCGGAAAUUUUACGGAACUGUCACGUAAUUUUUAUCUAAAGUCACGGAAUUUUUCCGCGGUGUUCCAUAAUUUUUAUCUGAAUUAUCGGUGAAAAAUAACGAUACCGUCACUUAAAUUUUUCGAAUCAACACCGUAAUCGGUAAGUGAACUGAAAAUUCCGUAAUUUUUA